GAUCUUGACCGGUUCGUCUGGUGGCAAACUCCAGCUUGUGUCCUGUACCUCGCCUGUGAUCGAGAUGGCCCGCGUACUGGACCAAGUGAGCGAUACCCUGCUGCCGCGGCGGUACCAGGAGGAGAUCUUCGUCCGGGCGCAGCAAGGGAAUGUCAUCGCGGCGUUGGACACCGGGAGUGGCAAGACGUUCAUCAGUACACUCCUGAUCAAGUGGAUCGCGGCGCGGGACGUUGGGCACAACAACCUGAUCGUGUUCCUCGUGCCGAAGGUCGCACUCGUGCAGCAGCAGGGCGAGUUCAUCGCGAAACAGACGUCAUUGCGAGUGCGUCAAUUUUCUGGGGCCACCGCUCACGACAUGGGGGAUCGGGAUGGCUGGAAGACGGAGUUUGAGAACUCGGACGUCUUCGUUAUGACCGCCCAGAUAUUCCUCAACCUCAUUACGCACUCUCACUGGGGUAUCGACAAGGUCACCCUCAUAGUCUUCGACGAAUGCCACCACACCCGCAAGAAUCACGCAUACAACGGAAUCAUGCGCGAGUACUUCCAAACACCUGUCGGCUCCCGUCCGAAGAUCUUUGGGAUGACCGCAUCGCCCAUCUGGAAUCCGAAGAAUGCCGCGGAGUCGCUCGCCACAUUGGAGCGUAAUCUCGACGCCAAGGUCAUUGCCGUCAAGGAACACAUGGAUGAGCUCAGCGGGCAUUCGCCCAAGCCUACAGAGAUCAUACAAGUAUACCCCGCCCCACCCAUCAAAUACCCGGAAUAUCCUUCGAAAUCGCUCAGGCGACUGCUCAACCUCGAGGAUACGCCCGCCGAGAUCGGUAUACCCGUUGACAAAAUUCUGACGAGAUACGAAGUCACCUUAUACAGCCUGGGUCCCUUCGGCGCGGAGCUCUUUCUCUAUACGGAGGUCAAACAACGCGUCGCACAGAUGAUACAGGAUGCGCUCGACUUGUCUAUGGACUACCUGACACCUGCUCAGUAUGCCCAGACGGCCCGCGCGGGACCAGUAUCGCCGGAUAUGCUCGAGAAUGUGCCUCAGAAGCUGAAGGAUCUCCACAGGACGUUAGAAUCCUUCCGCGACUUCUUCGAGACCCCGGAGUCAGGUUCAGAUCCCAUACCAAUCCCGAUGUCGUGGUGCUCCCCAAAGGUUCGAAAGCUCGCGGAGACACUCUUUGAGAGGUACACGGACUCGUUCCAAGGGAUUAUCUUCGUCGAGCAACGGCACGUCGCGACUUGUCUGGCAGUUAUCUUGGAGCGCAUACCUCUUCUUGCACACGUCAUCAAGUCUGAACAACUUGUUGGGCACGGCAAGGAUACCGCCAAGGCGCACACCAAAGGUAUGGGCACGCGCAACCAGCAAGAUACCGUGAAGAUGUUCCGAGAACGGGCCAUCAACGUUUUGGUCGCCACUUCGGUAGCGGAAGAGGGACUUGAUUUUCCUGCUUGCGAUCUAGUGAUUCGGUUUGACCCGGUGCAACAUAUGGUCGGAUACGUGCAAUCGAGAGGCCGCGCGCGUCAUAAGACGUCGACGUUCAUCAUCAUGCUCCAGGAAGGGGCGCAGGCUCAGGCCGAACGGUAUCUGCAGUUCUCUCAGAGCGAGCCACACCUCAAGCAGGUGUACCAGGAGCGCGAUCUUGCCCUGAAGGCGAUCGUUGAAGAGGAGGAAGACACGCACGACGACCCAGAGGACCUAGCGGAACGCGAGCGCUACGUCGUUCCCUCGACCGGCGCCGUCCUCACAUAUACCAGCGCCAUCGGGCUGCUCAACCACCUCUGCUCCUUGAUCCCUCGCGACAAAUUUACGCCCAUGCACGUCCCCACAUAUACGGGCGACGUCAGCGCGACGGUGCAUUUGCCCUCCAGUUUGCCACUGCCUGCGGACCUUCUGGUGUACCAAGGUCCGCCCAGGCGGUCGAAGAAGGAGGCGAAGCGCGCCGCGGCGUUUCUAGCUGUGAAGUCUCUUCACGUGCUGAACGUGUUCGACGACUAUCUGCUCCCUACCAAGACCGCUCGUGGCCGCGAGAACGAGGAUUCGGACGGCGUUCCGAUCGGAGACGUUGGAAAGGUUCCCGACGUACUCGAUGUGCGGGUCCGCGAUCCGUGGGUGCAAGGUCGGACACUUUGGCUGCACAUCGUGUACGUCGACGGCCGCCCCUCCGCCGGCAUCGUCACUGGUACUCCUCUACCCCCCGUCGAGCUCGUCGCGAGCGGCCUAUUCCUUUCGACAGACGAGCCGCGGGAGGUUGUGUUGGACCCGAGACACGGCUGGAGCCAGCGCCGGGCGAUGGAGGACUACACGAGGAUGGGCCUAUGGUGGUGCAUCACUGGCAGAGGAAUCGCUCUCCCGCUGACAUGCUACCUGGUCCCGAUCAACCGUGACCUCAAUAUCGACUUUGAGGCAAUUGACUUGGCCGCCCGCUAUCUAUAUGGCUCGUAUAACUGGGAGGGCGUCGGAGAGGAGCACUACGGGCACCUGAUGUACGUCAACAACAAGGAGGCCGGGCACCCGAUGAUACUGCACAAACUCCGCCCGGACAUCACACCGUCAAUGCGCGCGCCGGAGGGCUCCCGCGAGUCCUCGUUCCCGACCUACCGCGACUACUGGAUCAACAAGUACACCAGGAAGGGUUUUGCGCCAAUUAUAUCCAAAACCGGGCCCUGCGUCGAAGGUGUCAUCAUCGAUCGCAACGCGUCCUCCUCGUACUCGCUCGAGAACGUAGUGGACCCUGCUUCCCCGCGGCAGAAACCCGCUACAGUCAUCUUCCCCCUGGAGAUUUGUCGAUGGGCGCUCAUGCCCGAGCACAUCUACCGUACUUUUUUCGUCCUCCCGGAGCUCUGUCAUCGUGUGACUGACGUAUGGCGCGCGCACGAAGCUCGCAUCGCGCUGAAACUACCCCCCAUCGCCGACGACCUCCUCGUGCAGGCCCUCACCCUGCCGAGUACGAACGCGCAGUUCAACAAUCAACGCCUCGAGACCCUCGGUGACGCCGUCCUGAAACUCUCUGCCGUAGUGCAUCUAUACAACAAGUACCCCCAUCGACACGAAGGGCAGCUCGACGCCAUGAAACGAGUGUCGGUCGCGAACCGGACCCUGCUCGCCCGCGGAGUAGAGCGCAGUCUCGAGCGUCACCUCAGCAGUGAACCGCAGAGUAUGAGAAUGUGGCGAUACGUCAUCUCCUCCGAGGACGACUUGUUCUCUGCUCGCCCCUCGAGGCAGGCGCCGAGGCGUUUCCCGCGGAAGAGCAUGCAAGACUGCAUGGAGGCGCUCCUGGGGGCAAGUUUCGCGACAGGCGGGAUUGACAUGGCGCUGCAUGCGGGGACGGUGCUCGGUGUCUCGUUCGGGGGCCCAACCCCUUGGAAUAUCCGCUACGGCCUGCUGAUGCCCAAGUCCGAGCCGUCCCCUUUGUUCCUCACUCUACAAGAGGCACUGGGUUACCGCUUCGAGCAUGGCCAGCUCUUGCUCGAAGCCGUAACUCACCCAUCUUUCGGCUCUGCGGAUAGCUCCUCUUACCAACGGCUCGAGUUCCUGGGCGACGCACUCAUCGACAUGGUUGUCACAGAAUAUCUGUACAAGAAGUUUCCUGAGGCGACCUCAGGUCAGCUCUCCUGGGCGCGUUCUCGCGCAGUCUGCGGCACCGCUCUUGCGUCCCUCGCGGUGAACAGGCUCGGUCUGCAUAAACUGCUGCUUAUCAACAACGUCGAGCUGAGCAUCGCGAUCGGGCGAUACGUGCCCAUCCUCGAGGAGAUUACAAACGAGGAGAUCAUCCUCGACGGCUGGAAGCACGACCCGCCGAAGGCGCUCAGCGACGUGUUCGAGAGCGUCAUGGGCGCGCUCUUCGUUGACUGCGACUAUAACUACGACAAGGCCGCCGCGGUCAUCGAGAUGGUCAUGGAGGACCUCAUCGGCGCCCUCAGGCCCGACCUCCCCCGCGAUCCAGUCUCGCAGCUGAUGGUAUGGGUUGCGAAGUCCGGCUGCCGAUGCGUCAGUUUUGCCAAAUCGCAGAGCAGACCGGAGCUGCGACGGCACGACUGCAUGUCGGUGCUCGUGCACGAUGUCGUCGUCGUCGGGCCCGUCCCCGCCCCCAAUGUGUCCAUGGCCAAGGGCCUUGCGGCCGAGGAGGCCCGGCGCGUGCUUGCCGACCCGGAGUCCCCACAUCACCUCUCCCGCGUCUGCGUGUGCGCGGAGGAGAAGGCGGCCGCGGAGGCAGCCAAGGACAAGAUGGACGUGGACAAGACGGAGCUCGACGACGAGACGACAGAGGGCUUUGCGACGCUGGCCCGGAUCCUGCUCGACGAGGUCCAGGAGCCUGGCGGUCAGCCACUGGCCCCUGACGCUGUGGACGAUACACUGGACGGCGACGUUGACGAGAAUGACCUGCCUGGUGAACAAGAAGAGACGUUCGAGGAGAUGGAGGUUGAAGAGAUGAUGGAAGUGGAUGCUUGAGGUCUUCCUGUAUUCCUGAAUCAUGCGUCACGGUUUGUAUCAUUAUGGUCCUCUGCUCUAUCUGUUCUCAUAGCCCUGGAUGCAUCGGCGAGGCCCGAUAUGUAUCACCAAAAAUUCGCAUGUUGUACCAAUAUUCUAUCGUAUAGAUCUACCCUUGGGAAUAGCAUAUCUCAC